AGCUGUGUCGGGCGGCUUGGAGCGAGGGAUUUGUCGUACUUGCCCCUCAAGUUUAUCGUGAAAUGUGAGAUACCCGUCCGGCUCUCCCCCAGAAAGAGAGAGAGAGAGGGAUCGAUCUCUGAGUUAGGGUUCCGUAGCCCUUUCAGGUGCUUCUCCUGCUUUCUCCAUUGCUCGCGGGCGCAGGAAGGAAGGUUCCCUGGUUUAUUGUUGUGCUUGCGUUCGUGGACGAUAUUGGCUCGGAAGAAUACGAGAAUUUAGGGUUUUAGGGCAAGGGAAUGAACCUUUCUUGCAGUUGGGGAUCUAGGGUUUUGAAGAUUGUUGAGGGAUUGUGGUGAAUGUAUUUGACUUUGGUUCUGGGGACGAGCCAGCGGCGUUGUCUCGGAGGGGUAUUUCAUGUCUGUUUUUAAUUCAUUUAUCUAGGUUUUCAAAUUUUGGUAGCACGUAGAUGGUAUUGUGUGUGUGAAUUUUUUGGGUUUUGUAAGAGGGAUAAGGAUUCGAGGAAUCAGUGGUUUGGUGAUUUCUGCUUAGAAUCGGUACACGAUCAUCUACAGUUUCCUGUAUCUGGUUGGGGGGAGAGAAGCACAAUGUCGAGCAAGAAAGAAGAGAAAGCGCAGGCUGCAGCCGACCGGAUCAAGGCGGCCGCGCUGAACGCCGCAAAGGGUCUCAGCCGUGCUCAGGCUGAAAGGGCGGCCGCAGCUGCCGCGAGGAAUGUCAAUGCUUAUGGGCAGAAGGAAGAGGGGCCGAGUAGAUGGCAGGAAAGGAAAGAAGCGAAGAGGCAGAUGUAUCUGAUGAGUACCGAGAAGGCUGUCAAAUUGGGGGAGAGGAAGGACCUGAAGCCAGCGAUUUCCGCCGGCGGGGCUGCUCAGUGCCAGAAGUGCUUUCAGGCCGGCCAUUGGACGUACGAAUGCAAGAACGAAAGGGUCUACAUAUCACGCCCUUCUCGUACACAGCAGCUUAAAAAUCCCAAGUUGAAGAUGAAGUUUUCAGUUUCAUACGAAUUGGACAAUCCUGAUAAUCCUCUGCGUGGUAGGGAUCAAACAGAUGAGCCGUCUGGUUCAGGUGCCAAGAAGGCAGAGAAGAAUAAGAAGAGAAGCAAGAAAAGCAAAAGAAAGGCACUCGCGGACUCGGAUUCUGGGAGCGAUGCAAGUGAAGCUUCUGUAUUUACAAGUGACAGUGGCAUUUCCAGUGAGGGGUCGUCAGGAACAGAGACUGAAUCCUCCAGUGAGGAAAGUAGCUUGAGUUAUAGUUCGUCGGAGUCUGAGUCAGAGGAGGGGCGAAGGAGGAGGAGAAGGAAGAGGAAGCAGAAGCAGCAGAAGAAGAGAAGACACCAUAGGUAUAGCUCUUCAGAUUCUUCUGAUUCAGAUUCUGCUGAUGACUCCGACUCAGAAAGGGAUAGUCGAAGGAAAAGCAAAAGACAUAGCAAAAGGCGAUGAAGAUGGACCCUCGUCUCCCUACUCUUUAUCUUUUUUACUAUUUUUCUGCCUUGCUGCAUUUGUUAACUGCUUCCUAGGGUCUUAUUUCAUCUUUCAUCCGAAGUUAGUACUGAAGCCUGAUCUUUUUUGUUUUUCAUUUCCUUUUUAUGCUUUUGCUCUGAAAUAAUGUUGUGACAGUAGUUGUGGAUCGAGGGUUAUUUUCUCUUCUUCUUCCUGA